AAAAUUCUUUCUCUUUUGAGGUCACCGCCUUCAAAGAUUACUCCGUCUGCGAGCUGAAAUUCAGUAGCUGUUCUUGACUGAGAUUCUUCGCCUUCUCCUUAAUUUCUCAAGGAGCUUCUCAGCAACCUGAAUCAUAGGAGAAAGUAGAGAUGGACAUUGAAUCUGAUGCAAUAAGCUCGAGGUCAAAAGUUCUUGAGGAGUCUGUUUCAGACGUGAAAAUGGAUUCAAAUGAAUCAUCGAAUAUUGCAGAUGACGAGACAGUCAAAAUUGCCGAAUCAAUUGAGAAACUUGUUAUUGAUGCUGGAGAGUCUUCCAGCCACUUCAAGAAAAAACCUGUUAUCAUCAUUGUUGUCGGAAUGGCAGGAAGUGGAAAGACUACUUUCAUGCAUAGACUUGUUUGUCAUACACAAGUCUCAAACAUUAGGGGUUAUGUGGUGAACCUUGAUCCAGCUGUUAUGACACUUCCUUUUGGUGCUAAUAUCGACAUAAGAGAUACUGUUCGCUAUAAGGAAGUUAUGAAGCAGUACAAUCUUGGCCCUAAUGGAGGGAUCUUGACAUCACUAAACUUAUUCGCUACUAAGUUUAAUGAGGUUGUUUCAAUGAUUGAAAAGAGAGCAGACAAACUAGAUUAUGUUCUUGUGGACACUCCUGGUCAGAUUGAGAUUUUUACAUGGUCUGCUUCUGGAGCUAUAAUAACGGAAGCUUUUGCAUCAACUUUUCCGACUGUAGUGACAUAUGUGGUUGAUACACCUCGGUCUGCAAAUCCUCAAACUUUUAUGAGCAAUAUGCUUUAUGCCUGCAGCAUACUUUACAAAACAAGACUACCUCUUGUACUUGCUUUCAAUAAGAUUGAUGUGGCCCAACAUCAAUUUGCAUUGGAGUGGAUGGAAGAUUUUGAAGUGUUUCAAGCAGCAUUGGAUUCAGAUCACUCUUAUACAUCGACUCUGAGUAGAAGCCUUUCUCUUGCCCUGGAAGAGUUCUACAAGAAUCUGAAGGCAGUUGGAGUGUCUGCAGUUACCGGUGCUGGAAUCGAUUCUUUCUUCAAGGCUAUUGAAUCGAGUGCAGAGGAAUACAUGGAAACAUACAAGUCUGACUUGGACAAAAGGAGGACUGAUAAGUUAGAGUUGGAGGAAAAACGGAAGAAAGAGAACAUGGCGAAGCUGAGGAAGGAUAUGGAGAAGUCUAGGGGAGAGACUGUUGUUCUUAGCACUGGGCUAAAGGAUAAGGAGGUUGUGAUGGAAGACGGAGAAGAGGAGGAAGAAGAAGCUGAAGAUUAUCUGCCGUGUAGUGACGAUGAUGAAGAUAUCCAUCAUGAUUAUGGUGAUAAUGAAUCUAUCGAUCUAUCUCCAUUUGAGUGAUCUUUUAGUUUUUUUCUAUCUGAAACAAAACUUGUAUUUUUGGUAUUUUGUAUAGAGAGAUUCAUUGUGAUAUCAAUUUGAAGCUCUUAUGCCUUAUUAGUACCCCCAAAUGAUAUUUUUAUAUUGAAGUGGUUUUUGGCAUUAA